UAAGUUCGUUUUAAUUUAGCUAAUAUUCAACAAUUACGUUGAUAUAGCAACAUGAAAGCUUAAUUGAAACAAACUAGAUAAAAAACGUUUGAAGCAAUUUGUUUAUAUAUUUUGCAUUUGUACAAUGUCUUUAUAAUAUCAGAAAUGGAAUAUAGAUAUUUAAGUUCAAAGCCGAGGAUAAAUACUUUCUUUUAUCCAAUCAUAGGAUUUAUUUUGUUAACAAUAGGCAGCAUUGAAGCUGGGAAAAGGAACAAAUCAACAGCACUGAGAAGGGUGUGUUACUUUUCAACAUGGUUCCAACAGCUGUCUCCGCAAGACAUCGAUCCCCAUUGUUGUACCCAUAUUAUCGUUGCGUUUGCUGGCAUGGUUGACAACAAAAUUACUACGGGACAACCACAUGAUGAUUUCCUAAAGUUAGAGAAGUUGUACCAGCAAGUGAUAAAACUAAAACAACAGAAUCCAAAGCUCAAAGUUCUGCUGGCCGUUGGAGGUUGGGACUAUGGUACCGCUGGUUUUACGGCUAUGCUCGCCACGAGAAACACUCGCAAAGUAUUUAUCCAAUCUGCCAUUAAAUAUCUUCGAGGCCGUGGUUUUGAUGGCAUUGAUCUGGAUUUUUUAUAUCCAGGCGCCAGAGGAAGCCCGCCUGACGAUAAGCAACGGUUAACAAUGCUGACUAAGGAAAUGAAACAGUUAUUUAAGAGGGACAGUAAAAAAGGAAAGAAGCCAAGCUUGUUAUUGGUUGUAUCGGUGUCUGCAACAAAGACGUUUAUUGACAAAGGAUAUGAGGUGAAAGAACUAUCAAAGAACUGUGAUUUUCUCAUUUUGAUGACGUAUGAUAUGAAUGGAGUUUGGAACAAAAGAACAGCGCACCACGCUUCACUCUUCUCUGCUGACAAAACAGACGUAAAAUGGGCAGCCGAAUACUGGGUAUCGAAAGGCGCUAUCAAAAGAAAACUUGUGAUCGGAUUGCCAACUUACGGGCGAACGUACACUCUAAUUGGCGGCCACACCCUGGGGUCUCCCAUUUCAGGACCUGGGCGACCGGGUAGCAUCACAAAUGAAACAGGGUUUAUAUCAUACCCCGAGGUUUGCGAACUUCUCAGACAAGAUGGCCAGAGGUUUUGGAUAGAUGACCAAAAAGUGCCGUAUGCGACGUUAGGAAAUCAAUGGGUGGGUUACGAUGACCCACAGAGCGUCACUGAAAAGAGUCUCUGGCUAAAGACGAACGGUUUCGGCGGUGCUUCAAUUUGGACAUUAAACAUGGAUGACGUGAAUGGGACCUGUACGGGGACCAAAAUGCCACUGACCAAUGCCGUAAAACAUAUUCUUGAAUGCAAGAAAAAUAAAUGUGAUAUAACUCCUCCAGUUCCAACUGGCGCUCCUACAAGGCAGCCCGUCGGUGGGAUUUCACUCGCUUCUUCUAGUUUAAGCAGAUUACCUGCUUGCCCGUGUUCCAACAUAGGCAAUUUAUUAUUCGCCGACCCAUGCGAUUGUUCAAUGUACUACCACUGUUCGUACGGCAAUCCUUACCACAAGCCUUGUGAUGGGGGACUUCGAUGGCGAGAUGAGAAAAAAUGGUGCGACUUUGAUUCUAUAGCAAACUGUACAAUCAAUGAGGCUGUUUGUAACAAUAUAGUAGCAGACAGAAGACCAAAAUGUUUCAAGCCAUCCCCAAGUUUGCCUGAAGAAAAAUCUGCCCAUUAUUCAAAGCUAGGCCCAGGCGCUCCGGCUUGCCCAUGUUAUAACACUGGCAAACUGUUAUUUGGCGAUCCUUGUGACUGUUCCAUGUACUACCACUGUGCUCACGGUGUGCCGUAUCACAAACAAUGUAACAACGGGCUUCAGUGGCGGGAGGAAAAAAUGUGGUGUGAUUAUGAUUUCCUGGCGAAUUGCACAGUUUCUGAGAAUGCUAUGUGUUCUGAUAAAAGUACAAAUGGCACCAAGGACUGUAUCAAGCGAUAAAACUUUAAAAAAAACAUACUUAGUCUUAUUGGUAAUUUGAAGUACGUAGCUGAGUACCACAUAUAUCCUGUGUCAUUAUAAAGUCGAUAAGUCGGAUUAAUUAUCAAAUGCCAAUAUAACGUCAUUCGUGCAGCCAUUUGAAAUCACAUGAAUCAUCAAGAUUUCAAAUGGUUCAAUUAAGAACAAUUUGCAGCUUCCAGAACCAAUAUGUUCUGAAAAAAUACGAACCAUUCCUUUAAUUCUCUGUAUUGUAAGCUUGUAAGAAGUACGACGAUACAUCGA